AUGGAUGCCUACCUCGCCAACAAUUACACACAUUGUGAACAGUUUUCAUUUUUUGAAACAAAAGAAUUUUUGAUUACCUCACUUCAUAUUUCAACUGUAUUUGCUGUACCAUUAACUACUUAUUGUCUUUAUUUGAUAAUCAAAAUAACACCUGAUAAAAUGAAAAAUGUGAAAUGGCAAAUGUUGCACAUUCAGUUAACGUAAGAAAUAUUUUUCACUUUUGCGUUGGAUUUCGUCGAUUUUGAGUCCCAUCGUGUCAGGUCUCAAAAAAUGCGCGAAACUUUUUGAGUAGUAAAAUACACGCUGCGUGCGGAAUUCAAUGUUUACCUAAUUACCUACACUUUUAAACAUCCAGAAAUUCCAGUAGUUUGCUGCUUGAUGUAAUGGUAAAUAGUUUGGGUUCACCAGUUUUGUAUUUACCCGCUCCUGUUGUUUCUAUACAUGGAAUAUUCUCAUGGAUCGGGGUACCAUUCAAGCUCACUGUAUAUAUUGGACAAUUUAGCGCGUAUUGUAAGUUUCUUAUAGAUUCCCAAAAUUGAAUUUUUCAAAAAAUUCCAGUGAUUGGAAUGUCAGUUAUAGCAUUAUUUCAAAAUCGGCAUAGUGCAAUUUCUUCAAUUCGAUAUAAACUCGAAUCAAAAAUUUCUUUAUGUCUUUAUUAUUCAUUUUGUUAUUUUGGUGGAGCCAUUAUUCUUAGUUUAUAUUUCUUUGAUAUUGAUUCAUUGAACAAGGAAAAUAAGUUGAAAUAUUUGGAAAUUUAUAAAUGCCCGCCAAUUGAAUAUUUUUCAAAUGACGCUUCUGUUAUCACAAAUAAAGUUCAACUUGCUGAAAUUUGUAUUGGAAGUUUGGUAACAUUUAUUUGCAUAAAUGCGUUUUAUUUCACAAUAUCAAGUGCCUAUAACUUAGUAUUUUCUCAUCCUUCAAAUGUAUCAGAAAAAACAAGAAAAAUGCAGUUGAAGUUUCUAAUAAUGUGUGUUAUUCAAAUUGGUAUUCCUAUUAUUGCACUUGUCAUUCCGUCUUUUCUAAUCAUCGCCUUUAUUUCACUUAAUUUAAUUAGUCAGAAACUGAAUAAUUUCACAAUAUUAUUAUAUGCAGCACAUGGAUUGCUUUCAAGUUUUUCACUUAUUUUUUGUCACCAACCGUAUCGCGAUCAUUUCUUGAGGAAAACAUCGAAACCCAAUCCAAGAAAAUCAAACACUUUUUAUGUGUCCAAGACUUUGUUUUUCAAAUGAAGUAUCUGAUUCAUAGAAAGUCUUUUUUCCAGAAUAACAGCAGAUGAAUAUUUUCAGACUUUAUUGACUAAAAAAUCAUAACUACAUAAAUUAGUUAUACUGAAGAAAAAUAUUGGUAAUAAAAAUCCAAAUAGAUACUUUCAAAAUGAAAUGUUGAAAAAAGACAACAUAACAUAACAUUUUACUCCUGAACAAAAGUGACACUGGUGACAAUUUGAUUUACAGAGAGACGAGAGAUACAAAGAAAAUAUGUUGUGAGUCGAAAGUUCUGAAAAUAUAAACUUCAGAAUUCCAUCCAUCAGUCGGAAAUUGAUUGGAAUUCAUAUGUGAAGUUUUGACUUUGCAAAUAUCUGACGUGACCGACAAUCAGCCUCAACGUGUGCCACGUCAUCAGAUAAGAAAGCUUAUAUAAAGCGCCGUUGAUAGCAUUCGAGACUGGACUACUCUCUCAUUAUGUAAAUAAAUCUUUUAGUAUUUAUCUGUGCACUGAUAUUCUAGUAUUCUGUUUACACCCACUAUCAGGGUUGUAAUACUUUUAAAAAGUUUUUUUUUUGAAAUAAGUAGGAAUUGAAAUGAACCGAAGUUUGGAUGGUAAUAAGAAAAAUUGGCCAAAAAAUCGUGGAUCGAAGGGGGGCACAAAUGGUAAAAAUACCAGAAAUAUUACAAAAAGUAAGGAGGAAAAAAAGCAAAAAAAACUGAAAAUUUGAAAAAACCGAAGAAUUCUGGCCAGAAAGGAAGCUCUGCAAAGAAACCACAUGUAAAUGAUAAUAUUGCGGAAGCAUGUUCACAUAUUUUGAGGCAGCUUGGGUCCACCAAAUGCGGAACAAAUCUCCAAAAUUAUUGGAAAGAAAUCGAGCUAGAGGAUGAUAUUGAGGUAACUUAUUUUAUCACUGGAAAACUAGUUUUUACCCAGAACAGAAAAUGUUUUUGUAGGACAGAGAUAUCCAAGCUUUUCUUGGUCACAUGGAAGAUGACUAUAACCAAGCAGAACAUGUAGAAGUGUUGGAUAAAAAUCGUGUGAAACUGGACAAAACCGAAAUCCACGCCAGUUAUGUUGAAGUCGAUAUUGCUCGCAAAUUUGUUUUGGCCCAGCUUCCACUUCUCAAUUCAAAAAUACUCGAAGAUUUUUGGACAAUGAUUUACCAGGAAAAGCUGCACAAUAUAUAUUUGAUUUGUCAUCCUGGAGAUUCCGCGAAAACAACCGAUGCUGAUAAAUUCAGUGAAUAUUUUCCAUUGACAAAUGGACAACAUGAACAUUAUGAGCAAAUUUGGGUUCAUAAUCGAAAAGUUGAAUGA